AUGUCGCUGAAGCGCAAGCGUGACAUGAACCAGAUCUUUCGAUCUAGGACAAUUACGUUCAUCAUCGGCAAAGAUAGGACCGAAUACACAGGCCACGAAUCCGCAUUCUUAGCCAUGUCCCAAUCUUUCAAAGAUUUCAUCAGACGAAAGAUAAGGACUUCAUUCAAAUUAGCCAGCAUAAACCAAGUCGGGAGUGUCUCAUAUUGCGUGGAUUGGGAAGAUAUUGAGCCGGCUAGCUUUGUCAAUUUGAUGGAGUACGCCUACUCCGGCGACUACACGGUGCCUGCCCUGUCCAAGUCCAAGACGGAAGACACCUCCAACACAGUCAAGGGGGGCCACAGCAGCCAUGACACACCUGGUACAAAGUGCGAUGAUGGCGACGUUAACGCCAACAUACCAGCCAGUAUAAGACCGUCGACAGCGAAGAGACUUGUGCCCCUGCGUCUCGGGAUGGGGCCUACUCGUACUCGACGAAAUGCCCCGCAGCCUGAAAUAUCAUCCCUGUACACGUGGAUCAGGAACGUCUCUCAAGACCCGCAGUGUCAGCAACAUACAAGCGCUCAGUAUAAGUUCUGCGAGGAACACUUUCCCAUUCCCUUUGAAGCGACCGAGUCGACUACUGAAGACUGGCUCGAGGACAUCAAGUUACAACACCAGACAGGCUACAAGGAAGUCUUCCUCGCACAUGCGAAGCUUUAUCUCACUGCAGACCAAUUCGAGAUUAUUGAACUCAAAAGACUCUGCUUGCACAAGCUUCGCCAGAGUUUGUUGCAUGCCCCAGGCACUGACGAGAUGCUGCGAGCCACGACCGAUACGAUUAGGCACAUUUACUCGAAUACCACAUCCCGAGAUGAUGAUCUCAGAAAAUUGCUUCUGCAAUUCUGUCUCACCGACAUGGAGUGGAUGAUGAGGGACAAGGAUCUGGAACCAGUGCUGGAGAGUGUCCCUGGUUUCGCUAUUGACCUAUUUCGCGAGAUUCCUCAUGAUUACUGGAGAGAGAUCGGAGAUGGGGGGGCUGCCUGCGAAGAAUGA